GACCUUCUCAACGACCUCUACACGUGCUUUGAUGCCAUCAUUGGGCUGCACGACGUCUACAAGGUGGAAACUAUCGGCGAUGCCUACAUGGUGGCUUCAGGGGUUCCUGCCAGGAACGGCAACCGUCACGCGGCUGAGAUGGCCAACAUGUCCCUGGACAUCCUCCACUGCAUCGGGACCUUCAAGAUGAGGCACAUGCCGGAGCUGAAAGUCAGGAUCCGCAUCGGCCUGCAUUCAGGUGGACGGUCCACCACAAACCACCA